AUGAAACUUAUUCGCAAGAGGAAUAGUCUCCAGUUUGAUGAUUAUAUCCAAGACCUACAGACUGAUUUGAUCAAUUCCAGCAAGAAUAAUAUGCUCACUUCUUCAUGUACUCGCUGUAUUGUUAAUAAUAAUUAUGAGAGGAAUAGCUCCACAGAUGAAGCCCCAGUGAAGAAAGUCUUAAACCAAUCAGAAUUGAAAAAGAAGCAGAAAGAUUUUUACUAUAAACAAAUAAAUUUUGUGGAGAACAAGUAUUCCAAGAUCUAUAAAAAGCUAAUUUACAAAGAAAAGCAACUUGCAAAUAUACAGAAGAAGAACAAACCUUGACUGGUAUCUAAUGGAUCAAGAAGAAUACUUAAUGCAAAGAAAAGCUGCGAUAUGGGAACCAUGUCAGUUAAUGAGAUUCUAGAGUUUAGUUCAACUGGAUGUAAAUAUGAUACGGGUUUUCAAAACAACUCUAAAGUUCACGAUAGAUUGUAUGAUGACAGUAAUGAAAGAAAAUUGAGAAAAACUAUUCUCACUAAUUUUUAUCAAGGAAUGCAGCACUCAAAUAUGAGUCAUUCAAGAACAAGUUCCAAUAAUGGAAGAAGAAGUUCUAACCACAGCAGGUUAAAAACAUCAAGAGUAACUAAAACUCAGCUUGGCAUGAUAUCUCCGAGCUCUAUAAACUACCAAACCAAAAGAAAUCCACAUUCGAAAAAUAGAAACCCUGAAAAUAUGAGUAAUUCAAGAAGCAUCAGUAAAAGUCCGUGAAACAAUAGGACUCCUUUAAAAACAAGCCAAAGACUGUAUAAUGAUGCUAUUGUUCGGAAAUAAGUGUAAAGAGAACCUUAAGUUCAAAAUUCCCCCAAAGCACACUUUCAAGAAUGAUAAGUCAUCCCAAUAUUUGAUAGGGCAGUUUCUUAAAGACUUUAAUGAAGCCUCUCUUGAGUACCAUCCAGAAGGGAAUCAAGACAGAUUCGAAAUAAAAGAAGCUUUCCAAACAAUGCAAAUACUAGGAUUCAUUAGACAUAGAGAUAGAUAUUCACUAUAUGAAAUUAAUUCUGAUAAAGAACUGUUCAUGCACUUUUGGGAAGAGAUUGUUAAUCAGAAAUAGCCAAACUGUUGAUAGACAUACCUUACUUCAAUACACCCUAGCUAUUGAAGGUUUUAGCUUCGAGCAAAUAGAAAAGAAUCAGAAACUUCUAAGUUUGUACUCUCUACACCAUAAGAGUAUUAAAUAAAAUCACUACAGUUGUAGAGAGCACAUUGGAUGACGACUUUAGUAUCUGAGAUAUCCCAGAGGCUCCAAUAAAAAGACUUUCUUCUCUUUCAAACAAAGAAGUGACCAGAAUUCAUAAUAGAUUUCUUCCUUUUGCUAGAAAUCGAUCUGAUUUUAACAAGCUAAGGAGCCAGAAUAAAUAUAAAAGAAGAGAAUCAUAUGAUGAUAAUAUAAGGUCGAAACCAGAAAUCAGCAAAAAGUCAGCAGCCAUAGCUUCCAAAAUAAGACAGCAGUUUGGAGAUAAAGAUGCGAAAUUAGUUGAUAUUAGAAACAAAAGCGGGGAGCGUUCAAAGCUAAAGAAUGCAAGGAGAUCCACUCAAAAUUUCAAGAACACUUAUAAAUAAAUUGUCAAAAACAAGAAUAAAGAAGCACUAUAGAAAGAUGUCUCAAGGAACCUCUGAUACAAUGGAUGAUAUUGUUAAGCAACCUUCGUGGUGAAAAUAUAAGACUAAUCGGGAAGGAAAGCCUGUUGGAAGAGGAAAGCCUCUGUUAAGCGUUGAUGUUAAUUUUGGAGAAAACCUCAAAGAUCAAAUAUUGAUCCACAAUGGAGAUGAUCUUCCUGAACUAGCAAAUGAUUUUGCACAUAAACAUCAUCUCUCUUUGUCAACUGAAAAGAAAUUAGUAGACAUGUUGGAGGAAAAGUUGAAAAUUGAGCAAGAAAUUAAGAAUUCUUAA